GUGUCAUCAUGUCCGUUAGCAUGCAUAUCCUCACAUUCCAAUUACACUCAUACUCGGCCUGUCUCGUCUACAGGCUCAUCCACCCUCUUCUUCCACCAUGACAUCCCUUGAAACUGCCCUCCCACUGACACGAGACUCCAUCGUCUCAGCCCAUGAACUGAUCAAACCUCACAUCCACCUUACGCCCGUGCAUACCAGCACCACUCUCUCGACAAUUGCAUCCACCCCGCAAAGCCCAGAUGCGCUCAAAGGCACGCCAUGGGAAGGCCAGGAGCCGGCGAAGCCGAAAAUCAAGCUGUUCUUCAAAUGCGAGAACUUCCAGCGUAUAGGGGCGUUCAAGGUGCGGGGAGCUUUUCAUGCCGUGAAGAGAUUGAUUGCGGAGCAAGGAGAGGGAGAGGUCAGGAGGAGAGGCGUUGUGACGCAUUCUUCCGGAAAUCAUGCCCAAGCCCUCGCCCUCGCCGCGAAGACCUUCUCGAUCCCCGCUCAUAUAGUCAUGCCGUCCAUCUCCACACCGUCCAAGAUCGCGGGCACACGCGCCCAAGGCGCAACGAUCCAUUUCAGCGGUUCGACGUCCCAGGAGCGCGAAGCCGUUGUUGCGGAAGUCAUAAAGAAGACGGGUGCGACGCUGGUGCCACCGUACGAUCAUCCAGAUAUUAUAAUCGGGCAAGGAACUAUGGCGCUGGAGUUUGAGAGGCAGGUGGAGGACUUGAUCGCGAACACCGAAGGGUUGAAUGUACGAAAGGGGAAGAAAGGGCUUGAUGCCGUCAUUACGCCGUGUGGAGGUGGAGGCAUGUUGUCUGGCAAUGCGAUUGCGUUGCGCGGCACCGGUAUACGUGCGUUUGGCGCAGAACCCAGUUUCCAGGGCGCCGAUGAUGCAAAGCGUGGGUUGGAGGCUGGGGAACGAAUCACUUCGGUCAAGACCCUCACGAUUGCUGACGGAUUGAGGACGCCGCUGGGAGAGUGGACAUGGAAGGUCAUCUCGGAUCAAGAGUAUGUGAGCGGCGUUUUUUCGGUGACGGAGAAGAAUAUCAGGGAUGCGAUGAAAUUGGUGUUGGAGCGGAUGAAGUGUGUUGUCGAGCCGUCUGCUGUUGUGGGACUGUCAGUCGUCUUGUAUAAUGAGGACUUUAGACGUCUGGUCGAGAGGGAGGCUGGGGAUGAUGGGUGGAAUAUUGGAACCGUGUUCAGUGGGGGGAAUACCACUGUUGAGGCUAUCUCGAAGAUAUUCGCAGACGCGGGGGAUGAGCAAGGCGAAAGAGCUGAAGGUGUCCUAGGUCUAGAUGGACAAAGGGUCGCGGAGAAUGUUGCUGGGUAGAUGAUGCUCCUGCC